AUGUUUGGCAUGCUUUGUGCCGGAGAUGAUGAACCGGCCCCGGCAAAGAAGACGGAACAAGUUGAGCACGUGCUUCGAGCCGACCCUGAACCAUUAGGAUCUGCCCCUGGCUCUUCCAAGAAACCUCGAAAAGAAAAGGGUCCAACACCACCUGACGACCCGGUUGGACCUGAGGACGAGGAGGACCUGAGGGUUCCUCUUUCUUCUGGCAUUUUCCGUUUGAUGCCAAUUGUGAAGCGUGUUGUUCUUCGAAAGGGCGCGUUCCGGCGCGUCGCUCUGCAGAGAGAGAACCAGACCAUCGGUCUUGAUUUCUUCUAUUUCGGAAAACUGAGGGUACUCUUGAUGAUGCACCUCGGUUCUAAGUAUACUGUCUCUCUUCCUGCGAUGCACCUCGAUGACCCUGACCUGCUCCACAACAUCAACCGUGUGAUUCGCGAAAUGGGAUUAGUCGGUAAAGCGGUUACAUUUCGGAUGGACCAAGAAGCGGCUCUUGGAGCCCUUGCCGAGAAACUCACCAAGUGCGAUAGCAGCCCUGCCAGCGCAACAUUGAUUGACGUGGUUCCGGGGUAUCGGCCCCAGUCGAAAGGAUCGAUUGAGAGGCAGGUUGAAACUAUGAAGCAGGGUUUCUGGUCUGUUUGGAUGGACCUGGAGAAAGAGGUUGCUAAGGUGAAGCAGGAAACGGAAGCCGUUGAGCUUGGGAAGUAUCAGUUACCUUUGGGAGGUUUGCUUUGGCAAGCCUGUGUUUUCUAUGUUGCUAGGUGCUAUAACCUCUGGUGUACUAGCGUCGGGGAUUCGAGCACUAGCAUAGAUCGACUGCAUGAGGAGAUUGUGAACCGAACUCGGACGAGACCGUUCGGGUGUCUGGUUCAAGCUCAGGUCAGUAAGUCCAAGGCGCACCAUGAUAAGUUCAGGGGCGCCCGGACCGUGAAAGCGGUUUAUCUGGGACCGGUGCACGCCAAAGGUGGCGGCAUCUUUGCCGUCCCUGUCGGAAGCAGGGAAAUAGAUAUAUUCCCCGUCGCCAGAAUGAUUCAGGGAGGUGACAUCUACGAUGCCAAGACCCUGGAAGAGCUAUCUUUAGCUAAGCCUCUUCUGCAGGACACUGAGGACCCCGAGAGGCCCAUACUGUUUGAUCCGUUGGAGGCUCCUGGUGAUGAUGCUCCUGAUGAGGGGGCUGGUGUGGGAAUGGAUGAAGAUGGUGAUGAAGAGAUGAUUGAAGAUGAGCUUGCUGACUAUUCUCCGUCGGAAGCGCCUGAGAACCAGGAGGUUGUGAACGAUGAGGGGGAUAUGGAAAUAGACUGGCUCACGAAUCACUAUCUUGAGUCCCUGUUUCGAGGGCCUGACCUGCGAGCCACCUCCACUGCAGUUGCAAAGUCGUUUGAUUUGAAGUUUGGGGGUACGAAGAUAAGGUGUGCUGUUCCCCAGAACGCUGUGUCUGAGACUUCGGGAGAGAAGCUAGAACCCGAUCUCCUUUACGCAUCAAUGAAGCUUGAGUUGGAAGAGUUGGAAUCCUUCAAGGUUGGGGAAGUGAUCCCUGAGCGCGAAGCUCGCCGUCUUGCUAAGGAAAACGGCAGGCGAGUUUUGACUAGCAGGUGGGUCAACACGGUCAAGAAGAAGGGACUGUAUAGAUCUAGGCUAGUCGUGCGGGAUUAUGCCUCUAUGGGAGGCACCACCUUGAGUGAGGGAAUCUACUCUCCUACUACUUCAUUGGAGGGUCUGAGAUUGCUUCUGUCAAUGCUCUGCCGACGUGGCAGUGUGUUGUCCUGCGAUGUCUCGGUAGCGUUCAUGCAUGCUCCCGUAGCGAGGGCAGAAUUCGUAGAGUUGCCGAAUAAUGUGAGCACCCAGGGGACUGGGGAACGAGUUUUCGUCAAAUUGCGUAAAGCGAUGAACGGAUUGCGCUCUGCUCCAUUAUCUUGGUAUUGCGAGUUGGCUGAAUACUUGCGCUCUCAGAACUUCGAAGCAAGUUUGGACCCCACUAUAUUCCGUCGUCUAACGAGGAAGGGUUUGACGAUUGUGUUGUUUUAUGUGGAUGACUUGCUGAUCUAUAGUGAAGAUGAAGCUGAGGGGCGCCGGUUCUAUGAGGAGUUGCGUAAGAGAUACAAACUGAAACUUACGGGCGAGUUGAUUCAAGAUUGCCCCGGGGAAGUCUCGUUUCUCGGUCGGCGGAUCUUUCGCCGUAAGAAAGGGGAACGUACGGUGUAUUUCGGGCUAGACGAACAGUACCUGAGUUCCUGUUGCGAGGAGUACGGAAUCACCAAACCUGCCCCAAAGCUCCCUUCCCUUGAACGCCGCUAUGCUGAGUUGCUGAAGAAAGGCCAGACUGAGCUGAUCAGUCCAGCUGCUCACGAAAGGUACAGAAGAACUCUGGGCCGUUUGGCCUGGGCGGCUCUGUCACGACCAGACCUGCAGUUUGUGUGUGGGUUUCUGGGCCGCCACCAAGCAGCUCCUGACGAGGCUGCCGAGACCUGUAUGAGGGAUGUCCUUCGUUGGGUCAAGGGUCUUCCGCACAAGGUCCAGAGGUUUCCGAGCAAGAGGGAGAUCUUGGAAGAUGAUGCGGACCCUGCCUCUGUAUCUUGUUUUACGGACGCGAGCUGGAGUCUGAAUUCGGUAAGCGGCGGGAUCAUCACGUGGGAGAACUGUUCCCUGAAAAGCUUCAGCCGGAAACAAACGACUACCGCACUCUCAAGUGCGGAAGCAGAACUCGCUGCACUCACAGAGGUUGCUCGUGAAGGGUUGUACAUUGCUUUGCUUGUGGAGACCAUCCGCGAGGGUAUGCCGAAAGACAGGGAAACCGGUUAUUAUGUUCUUAAGGGAUAUUCUGAUUCCGAAUCGGCGGUUUGUAUAUCGAAGAUGCAGACCCUCCUGAGGAAAGUGAGGCACAUCGAACUUCGUGCCGCAUUCCUUCAGGAGCUGGUGGCCAGGGGUCGUUUUACCAUAGAACACAUACCGGGAGUGAUAAACCCUGCGGACGCCCUCACGAAGAGCCCCACCAACGAAAGUUUGUCUAGCUUGUACGAUGCCUCUGGCCUUGUAGAUGAACCGAAGGCCUGGGAGAGUGAGCCUACUGAGGUGCACGUGUCUUUUGAAGAGCCCAAUGAAAACGAACGUUUUACUCCGUCUGUUCCGCCUUCCUGGAAAGCCGCUGCUUUGAAGCUAGCUCGUGGUGAAGCUAAGUACGUAGUGGUUGAACUGUGUUGUGAAGAAGGAAGUGCGUUGUCCAAAGCCUGCUCGAAGGUCCCCGAGAUCGCCUACUUUGGGGUGACUAAGGAAGUUGAUCUUCUGAGCUAUAAUGGCUUGCACCUGAGGUUUAAGAAGGGAGGAAAGGCCCUGGAGAAGUGGAGAGCGGCUCUGGCCGUUCACAAGAGGUCCUGGAAAAGGAUCGAGAAGCUGUUGGAGCCUUACGUGGGCUCCCCGAACCUUCUGCUUUCUCACGAGUGGCCUGAGAGGUGCCCUGACCUUGCCUUCGUGCUGCACCUUCGGCUCCUCGCCUUUGACCCCUUUGUGGAUCUGACCGUGGAGAGCGGCGGAUUUGCCUUUGCAGGCUGUCUCUUUUCUGCCCGUCCUCUUCCAUUGCGGCUGAGUGGCACAGCGUUGCUAAGGGCAGCUGCUCUGGCUCCUCACCUCUGGGUUGAGGCUUUCGAGCCGGGGCACAAAGUUUUCACCCCUCUGAGGCACCCUUCUGCAUGGAAUUCACGUGUUGAGACCUCGUCUACGACGGCCUCCGCGCUCGGCGAAAGAAAAGUUUGCUCCGACAGCCCGCAUCUCGCGGUGCCGCCCUCGCCCCUGGUGGCUGAGGUUCCCCAACGAGUGGUGGCACCUGAGCCCUCCCCAGCAACCUCCUCGCCUCCGGCUGAGGUUUCCCUCCCCUGUGCUGCUUCCCUGGCCACACGUGGGUCUUCCCCGCUUGCGGAGCCUACCGGUCCUCCGAUGAGCUUUCACCCCCGUAACCGUGGGCCUCCCGCACCGGUGGAGCACUCAGUCACUGCAGGAGUUGCUUCCUCAGCCCCGGCCGGCUCUCGGCCCGCUCCCCCUGCUGAGGCCCGACCUCCGGCAGGUCCUAAGAGCCUUUCCUCGCCUUCGGCUGAGGUCGCUUCCCCAUCCCCGGCCCCUCGGCAGCCGGACGUGGGUCCAGCCUCCUCGGCCCUAGCAAAGGCUCCACUCCCGGGCCCCCCUGAACAGGGCACCCCUGCCUCCAACGCCAUCGGCUCUUCGGAGACCUCUGGGGUCAAGCCCUCGUCUUUGGCUGAGGCUGCAGCCUCUGCUUCAGUGGGCCACGAGCCACAGGCUACUUCCCGGCCCCUCUCAGGCCUCCCUGGCACUUCGUCAAGGACGAGUGAGCCUGCCCUUUCCACACCCCGUGGCCCGGGUAAAGGGGCCACAAUCGCCACCGCUGCUUCGGCAGCUGCAACUCGCUUCCCGAACCCCUCAGGGGUCUCGGGCGACGAAGCUACGGACUCUCCAAGCCCUUCUCCUCGCCGGCCGGCUAGAGGUCCGGCUCCAGCUGAGGCACGUGAGGAGCCGGCCCACGUGCAGGUCUUCAGCGAGAACUUCCUCCGCUGUUUUGCAUGCGGCGUCACAACUUCCAAUCAACAACUGAUGGAAGCCCAUGCAAUGACCUCCAGGCACGUCCGCCUCACUACGGCCUAUGUGGCCAAACGAAGGCGUGAGCUGGCAGCGGCAAAGGCUGCCCAGCCUACUGUGCCGUAG